AUGGAUGCCCUCCGUAAUUCCAUGAGCGGCUGCGAGAAACUCUUCCUGUAUCUGCAUCCCAAACUCGACGAUUUAGAUUAUGAGCUUCGAAAAGCCGAGAAAAUCAUCAGAGUCGCAAAGGAGGUAGGUAUCAAGCAGGUCGUUGCAUCUACGAGUCUCGGAGUGAGUAUUCUUGGCACUGGGAUACACAUUGCACCCAACUCCUUCAUGGCCAAGCAUCUCGCGGGAAAGAAGGGAGUGGAGCAGGUGGUUAUUGAUGCGAAUUUUGAACAUUGGACGUUUCUCCGUCCUGCCCUUUUCAUGGCGAAUUUUCUAGAGCCGAAAGUAUAUAGAUAUCCCGACUUACGAGAUAGGGGUACGUGGACAACAGCCAUGACCGCCGAGGGAAAGUUGGCAUUGAUUGAUCACGUCGAUAUUGCUCAAGUUGCUACGGCAGCAUUUCAAGACCCGGAAAAGUUUCACGGUCGCGCAAUCGGGCUGGCUAGUGAAUUUUUGACUAUCCCGGAGAUACUUAAUCGGCUUGGAGAAGUCAUUAAACGGCCUCUUGAAGCAGUAUUUAUGACAGAAGAGGAGAUUUCGAAGCAGAAAGAGUCGAAUGUCUUUAUUAAUUCGCAAAUUGCCAUGAGAUACAUGUCGAAAUAUGUUGAUGUGGAAGAACUAUCUAGGCUCGUUCCGUUGACGACAUUCAAGCAAUUUCUUGCGAGGGAGGAGGACAUUGUCAAGCGGACAUAUUUAUGA